CCACCACUCUUUCCCUCCUUCUUCUCCGCACUACCAACCCCUCCUUCUCCCUAGCAUCUGCGGGGAGAGAACAGCCCCUUCCACGGAAUCGACCAAUCCACGUCCGGAGCGGCGGCCCUGGCGUGGGGGGAGUCCUGGCUUCCAGCCAAUUAGCGCCAGCCCCGGGGCUGGACCUUCCCCCCCCCAUCCGAAUCCCUAGAAUGAAACCAUCCCCACAGCUGCCCCAGAGCUGGGCGGCCGCGGCUGCACGUGGGGCGUGGAGGCUGUGCGGCGGGAGGCAAGCCAAGGCGACCCUCCCCCUCCCCCGGCUCUCGGUCCACCUCCUUGCAGCCGCCCUGGAGCCCCAGCUGCAAAAAAGCGAGCGGGAGCAGCCCCGGGGACGCUGGCGAACUUGUUUGGGGCGGGGGAACGCGAAGGGGGCGGGGAAGGGACGACGACGACGAGGAGGAGGAGGAAGAAGAAGAAGAAGGGGGAUGGUGGGUGGGCGAUAAAAUCUGCGGAGCCUGCCCCACCCCCUUCUCUGGCUCAGCUUGGCCCCCUUUGCCCCGCUCCGGGGCUGGGAGAGCGGGCUGCGCGAGGAGAAGUGCGCGCAGUCCCCGAUGGAGGCUUUCCAGGCUGUGGCCAGCAAGCUCCCGCCGCCGCACCAUCAUCACCCCCACCAGCGCCAGCACCCCCCGCCCAUGGCCUUUUUGCAAAGCGCUCGCUACGUGACUGCUAAGAGCCACCAUCCCCACGGAUCCGGGAGCGCCUUCAACUCGUGGAACGACUACCUGGGGCUUGCCACGCUUAUCACCAAGGCGGUGGGCGAAGAGAAGGGCUUCGGCGGGGACCCCGCCUCCCCGUCCUCCUCGUCGUCCUCGUCCUGCUGCUCGCCCCAUGCCGGGGCCGCCGGAGGGAUGGUGGUGGCGGCGGCGGCGCUGGGGCCACCCGACGACGAAGAGGACGACGACGAGGAGGCGGCCACAACCCCUUAUUUCGGCAGUGCCCUGGAUCUGCGGGACCUGGAGCUGUGCGGAGCCCACCCAGCCGACGGCCUGCUGGAGGAGCGCUUCGCCGACUUCAGCCCCUUCUCGGGUGGCGCCGGGCCGACCGCGGCAGCCGCCGCAGCGGUGCUCUUCGAUUGCGCUUCGGAACCCUUGGAAAGGGAUCGGGCGCCAGCGUGGGGAGGGGCCGCGGAGCCCCGGCUCCAGAGUGGGCCAAAGCCGGCGGGGAGGCUGCUGAAGCCCGACCUGCAAGUCUGUGUGUUUUGCAGGAACAACAAGGAGGCCGUGGCACUCUACACUACCCACAUCCUGAAGGGACCCGACGGGCGCGUCCUGUGCCCGGUGCUGCGGAGGUACACGUGCCCCCUGUGCGGGGCCAGCGGGGACAAUGCCCAUACCAUCAAAUACUGUCCCCUUUCCAAAAUGCAGGCGCAUGCCACCAAACAAAUAAAAAAUGCCAGGAACGUCUUGGGCAAGAAGAUCCGCUGAAGGAUUUUGCGUUUGGAAUUUUUUGUUGUUCUCUUCGCCCACCUCUUCCUGUUGGCUUCUGAGGAAGGAAGCUGGAGAAAGUGGAAUGAACGUUGCGAUUUAAACUUUGGAUGUCUUGUUUUUGGUUUAAGUCUGGGCGGAUCACUUUUAUAUGUGUGUGUAUGUAUACGGAGACAUACACACACGUAUGGGGCGUCAAUUGAGAAUAGAAUGUUUAAAAAAACUGAUUUAUGUAUAACUUAAGUCUAGUUUGUACACACCUAGAGCUCAGUUGUGUCUAGGAGCUGAAUUCCUGAUUCAAUUAUAUCACAGCUUAGAUGCACUGUAUUUGUUUACUGUAUACAAUUAUCUGAUCUUAGAUGGGCAUAUCAAUUUGAAAUAUUGUUUAAUCUUGGAUGUUUUACUUUUAUGAAUCAAAUUAUGGAGGCACUUUAAGUCGCAUAUUUUUUAAAAGCCUCUAAACUGGGCUAAAGGAUCUGUAGGUUUUAUGGUAUGUCCACAAAAUGAAUACUACUUCAUGGUGUUUACUUAGGAGUACCGCAGAAAUGUUCUCCCAAAGGGACUAAGAUAACCUUUGCGUAGCAAGUAAUGUUUCCUGACAUUCCUCAGUUACUUUAAUUCCAGCUAAAGCAAGAAUCUGACAAUGUUAUGAUGGGAAGUGAUGGUAACUUUCUAAUAUUAAUUUGAAUAUGGAUUGACUUGAGAUUGCUUAUUUACUUUGUAGCUGGAGAGGUAAAGUACACAAACUGAAUUGCACUUAAGCUAAAAGUUUAUUGUUAUCAGAUCGUCUAUUGCCAAAUUAGAAACUAGCUUUUUUCCUCUUCCCCUAGAAAUUGUGCCAAGUUGCAUAUCCUAUUGUGUAUACACUUGGAAAUGGUGCUGUUUAAAACUUGGUUGUGUGUUUAUACAGUAAUAGUAUAUGAAUUUAUUAUAAUUGCGCAGAUCUU